AUGAGGAUAAUUUAUGCCGCUCAACUUUGUCUGACAGUUGCUUCACAGAUGAUGCCGAAUAGUUAUAGCCGGAACGAGAAUGAGGUCCUUGGUACACCCGAUGUGCAGUGUAGUGAAGAUGCUAUCACUUUUUCCGUGCGGACAUCUGCUCCUUUUAGAGGCAACAUUUACGUAAAAGGUCAUUAUGGGAUUGAAAUGUGCCGACAAGAAUACUAUGGCAAUGAUUUUGCUGGUGCCACGUUCGUAGUUCGUAUAGGUGAUUGUGGAAUGCGAAGAAUUCGACAGCUUCAACCACAUGGGAUGAACUAUGUGCUGACAUUUGUCACCAAUUUUCAUCCACAUUUCAUGACUAAAGUGGAUCGAGCGUAUAAUGUACGCUGUUUCUAUGCAUAUAUCGACAAAACCGUAAAUGCGGAUAUGGAUGUGAGUAAUCUUCCAUCCGAAUCACUGGAACAACAAGCGACUUUAAUGCCUGAAUGCGAGUAUUCUAUACGUGAAGGUGCACCGGAUGGUCCACGACCACCAAACUGCCCUCUUAUCCCUAGAAGCGAGUUCGUCCCUAACUCCAUCAUCGAUCCGUCAGUGAAUCCUACUCAGGUAAUUAAAGUAACAAAUAACUAG